AUGAACGUCUUCCUAUCGUUACGAAGCACUACGAACCACGGAACUGUCCUCAGUCCUCGACGCGCCUUUGCGCCGACCUUCUCGAUGCCCUACGCCCAGCUCGUCGUCGGCCCGGCGGGUUCGGGUAAGUCUACGUACUGUCACAACGUCCAUCAGCACUGCGCUUCGCUCGGUCGGACGCUGAGCGUGAUCAAUCUAGACCCGGCGGCUGAUGAAUUCCGCUACCCCGUCACCGCGGACGUUCGCGAGCUCAUCUCGCUCGAGGACGUCAUGGAGGAGGAAGAAUUAGGCCCGAACGGGGCGUUGAUGUUCUGCAUGGAGUAUCUGGAGGAUAACAUGGACGAUUGGCUCGCGGAACAGCUGGAGGGGUACAUGGAGGAUGACAUGGUGAUUUUCGACUGCCCCGGGCAGCUCGAGCUGUAUUCGCAUCACUCGGCGUUCAAGUCAAUGACAGAAAAGAUGACGGGUUGGGGAUGGAAGAUGGUGUGCGUCUAUAUCCUGGACGCGCAGUUCAUCUCGGACGGGACGAAGUUCAUCGCUGGGUGCUUGCAGGCGCAGAGCGCGAUGUUGCACUUGGCGCUGCCGCACGUUAACAUCCUGAGCAAGGUGGACAUGCUGCAGGAUAAGUCGGUGUUGGAGCCGUACCUGUGUCCGGAUCAUCAGCGAUUAGCGAAUGAAUUGGACGAGCGCAUGGAUCCAAAGUAUCGAAAGCUCAAUCACGCCAUCGCGAGCGUCAUGGAGGAUUUCGCACUGAUUUCGUUUGCGCCGUUGGACAUCAGCGACGAGGAGAGCUUACAAUUCGUGCUGUAUCAGUGCGAUUGCGCGAUAGGGUACGGUGAAGACGCCGACGUGCGAACGAGUCGAGACGUGGAGUACGGUGACGAACCGGACAUGUCCAAUCUCAGUCUGGAGUAG